AUGGCCCCAACCACCCAACCGAACUGGGACCGCACCACCACCCUGCCCGGAGGCGCUUGGUGCGAUGCCUCCACCAAGAACGUGGCCGUCGUCUUCCUCGUCGACAUGGCCGUCCCCCAGAAUGGAAACUACACCACCAAGGUCACCCAGCUGCAGAACUACCUCCAGAAUCUGCCCACCUCCGUCAACCUCCCGUCCACCGGAAACUGGACGAACGUGCAAUUCUAUUUGGUGCCCUACUACGGAUACGCUGCGUAUACUGUCGGAAGCUCGCCAGUGACUAGCCGCGCUGCCUGGAAUACGGCUGUGCAGUACCUGAACACGUCGCUGAAUGUGAACAUGAUCGAUUCGCACAACUUGGCGCACGGUCUCAACUACGUCCAAGAAAGCCUGGGCAAGCAGCUCCCCGUCGGCACCUCCCGUGCCAUCAUCGCCAUCACCGACGGCUUCGACCAGUCCAACACCCAGAUGGCCUACGAUGCCGCUGGCCAGCUGAAGAGCGAGUAUUUCACCAUCUCGAUUGUCAGUUCCACCACUUCGCUGAUGGGUCAAUCCAUCCUCCAAUCCAUCGCCUCCGAUCAAUUCCGAUACUAUCCGCUAGACGACCUCAGCUGGUUGAUCAACCGCGGAACGUUGGCCUCGACCAGUUACUGGAUUUGCAACGCCUAUUACCCGACUCCUGCGCCAAUCACCACCCAACCUACUCGAGUACCUCUCGAGCUGUCCACGGCUCCACCCACGACGGUGGUUACGGCGACGACCACCCCGGCUCCAACGACCCCUUACGCAAACUGCCCGGUCGACAUGGUGUUCCUCGUCGACGAGUCCCAGUCCAUGCUCGACUUGUGGUUCGACAAGGUGUUGACCUACGUCGACAACACGGCCCGCCAAGUGCUGAAGUACCAGAGCAGCGCCCGCUUUGCCCUCGUCAGCUUCAACAAGCGAAUCGUGUACUCUUCCUAUAAUAGCAGCGGAUUUUUGGAUAUCAAUGGGUUGGAGGCGGCGCUGAAGGGUAUUGCCAGGACCACGGAUGUCGUUGAUUACACCGUGGGGUUGAACGAGGUCAUCAACAUCCUCGCUACUUAUGGACGGCAACAGAACGACUCGACGGUGUUGCCGUUUGUGAUCUUCCUUACGGAUGGUGACCAACUUGCCAACAGCAUGAACAGCGUCCUCCCCAUCACCACCAAGUUGCGCAACCAAUACAAGGCCGAAAUCCUUGGCUUCGGCUUGAACCCGAACCCAUACCGCGAGAGCUUGAUUAAGCAAGCCAUCGGCGUUGGCAGUCCCGACGGCUACACCCCGGCUCGUUAUAUCCGCGCCAACACCACGGAUUACCUGCUCGCCACUUCGCCUCAGGAUACUUCGUCGUACUCGCAGAUCGACUACAAGGGCAUGGAGCUGGAGGCGAUCAAGGCGGCCAUUAACUAUUAUUCUGGAUCAAUUGGGGCGUACACGGGCCGUCUGUCCGUUGUCUACUUCUCCGCACCAGAAGUCACCGGCACUCUGGUCAGCCAGAGCACCAAUCCGGUCGAGGUCAUCAACAAGCUGACCCCUGCCAACAUUCCAAAUGGUGGUGCCAGUGAUUUGGCUGGCGCCCUCAACGUUGCCAACAACAUCAUCUCGAAGAACUACUUCGGAAACAACCAAGUCGUUAUUUUAAUCGCGAGAGGAUUGUACAUCGAUGGUAACUCGACAAACUGCUGCAAUGAUCCGCAACCCAUCGCCAACGAGUUGAUGAAGAAGGCCGCCGUCCAGGCGGUUAUGUUGGGUCUUGUCACAAACAACACCAUUUUGCAAGCCAUCUCCAACCAGCCGGUGCUCAACGCUAAUGCUCUCAUCAAGGAUGGCGACAGUGACAUCAACAACGGUGCGGCCAUCGCCAAGAGGCUGGACACGGUUCUGCACUCGAUCAUCGCCAAUCAGCCAUGCCAGAAUAUUGCCGAUUUCCCACCGGUCUGCUCCGAGUACAUCGACGUCCAGCUGGCCUUCCACGCAAACCAGACUCUCAUGCCCAAGGUCCGCAACUUCAUCACGCAGCUCCUGCUCCCGGCUCUAUUUGGUGGCUCCCUCUCCGACAGGCCGUUGACGAAGAGCAGCACCGUGAACUUGGCUUUGAUGACUUUGGACUCCAGCACGACUGUUACCAGCCUAGCCGACUUCACUCAACUCUACUCUCCAAGCCGUUACGCCCAGAUCGUCUCAAACGUCCUCGACAACGCAACGAUCAGCACGGUGCCGUAUGUGUCGAAGGUCUACAACCAAUCGAUCUAUAACCGACAAUGGGGCCGCCCCUUUGCCACCACCAUCGUCAUCAUCAUCUCCGACGCGUUCAGCUCUUCCGAUUACACGAACGCCCGUGCCAUGCUCGACCGCCUUCAGCCCGCGUAUGCUGAAGCUAUCCAAAUCGGAACCCUGGCGUCGCCGAUUCCAGUUUCUGAUGGCAAUCCGAUUAUUGUCCCCGAUAUUAAUGAGCUCGACCCACUCUACAUUCGCAGCUCCAAGGGAUUGGCCGUGGCGCUGGCCAAAGCGGCUUGCAGAACUUUGACGACCUUGCCUCCAAGCACGCCUCCCACGACGACAACGGCAAGGACAACUCCAGCUCCUCUUCCCCGACCGAAACCGAGAGCCGUCUGGCCCGACAUCACCUUCCUCGUCGACACCAGCUACGAUGGAACCAACGCCAUGACUGACCAGGGCUUCCAACAGCUGCGCCAAUUCAUGUAUCGCUACGUGCUCGACGAGCUGUUCAUUGGGGAUACUGGCUCGAGAAUUACACUUGCUACUUUUGACGAUUCCGUCAACGUGGCUUGCCAGUUUUCUGACAUCCACAACUACUAUGACCUGGCCGAUUGCAUCGUCAACAAGUUUGAGUACUCCAUCACCAAGCCGAAAACAAAGACCAGGGAUUUGGCGGGAGCUCUCGACUACCUUUCCAACAAUGUUUACAACCUGACGAAGGGCUGGAUUCCGGCCAAGGAGAAUAUUUUGGUCAUCUUCACCACUGGAUCGUCGACAACGAACGCUUCCCGCGCCCUAGUUCAUAUGCAGCAGCUUAUGGUCCGCACUUUCGGCAUCAACUUGGGUGCGAAUAUGGACCCGUAUGAGCUCAGCUUGUACGGUCCCGAUUCGUACGGCUUCCCCAACUGGGACGACCAAACCCACGGCAUCAUGGGCCAGAAUAACUUUGGCUCCCGUAUGAUCGAGUACUUCACCCGGGCCCACCGUCAGCCACUCUCCAACUUCUACGCCGACUUCUUCUUCAUCGUCGACGAAUCGUACGCGAUGAAUGGGGUCUUCGACAGCGUUCGCACGUUUAUCCUGAACUUUGUGCACCAAUUGACACUUGGAGACAACAAGGUUCGGCUGUGGAUCGUCCCAUUCAACUCGGACGUCGUCCAGGAUCAGGUGCUGGCGCAGAAUGGCCGAUUCUCGGACUUCGAAUCCUGGUGGAACAACAAAUUUGCAUACAAGCAGCCUUCCAACACAACUUUUGUAAACAUUGGAGCUGCCAUUGAUGCGGUCGCUGGAUACCUUAAUGUCACCUAUCAAACUGACAGAAUGGCGCACGUCACUUAUAUUGCGCAGUCACCAACUGUCACCGGAGCCGAAAAGGCCGCCCAACUGCAAGGCAAAUCCAACGUCGCCAACUAUGUCUUGCUCACCAAUCCCGCCGCCAACUAUUCACAGCAGCUGGUCACCGAUGGCCGCCAAGUCUUUCGCAUGUCCAGCCCGAAGGAGUUGAACAACUGGGUGACGUCUGGAUUCGGGCUGAACAACAUGAGCCGCUGGUUCGACACGAUGGCUAUCUUCCAAGAAAACUACCGGGCUUCUCACGAGAUGCAACUCGCUGAAGUGCAGAUUGAUGUGGCGUUUGCAGUUGAUCAGACCGCGCUGGCGAAUUCGGCAGCUUUCGAGGCGAUCAAAUCCUACAUUGCCGGUUUCGUCAGCAAGUUCCACAUCUCCAGAACCGGUACUCGAUUCGCUCUUCAGUCCUUCAGCGCUCGACAGGUCGUCGAGGGAGGAUUCCACUUCAUGGACAACAACGACACUGACACGGUCGUGAAUAUGAUCAAGAAUCUCAAGUACAUCUCGUCGUCCGCUUCUGCCAGCUCGGAUCUCGUUACUACCCUCAGCCAAAUCAACGACUUCUUCCUGCAGCCCGAGAAGGGAUGGCGAAACGGCCCAACCUAUGUUGUCAUUUUCACUGGCGCUCAAUACUACUACAACACCACGGCUUCCAUCGCCGACGCCCUGAAAAUUGGCCGAAAGGCCAGAGUCGCGGCCGUCGGCCUUACUGGCUCCCGAAAAGACUUUGUGCAGCAAUUCCUGACCGGAAAAUCGCAGAAUCUGUACCCGGUCGUUGCGGAUCCGCUUUCCUUGGUGGACGGUAGCUUGCCGGACAGGGUUAUCUCGCACGAUAUGACCAAAUGGUACGAAGACCUCGUCUACCCCGUGCUCCCUCAUAUCGAUGACGUCCAAGCCGAUUUCAUUUUCUUGAUCGAUUAUUACAACACGCUUGGAGCCGCAGGAUUCGCCCAGGUCCAAAACUACCUGGUCGACCUCAUCCAGAACCAAGUCACGACCCUCGGCGCCACGAGUCGAUUGGCCGUCGUUGCUUACGGCUAUACUGAGGUGAUGGCCAGCUAUUCCUGGGAUCUCAACGCCUUCCACACACAAGCCGAUCUGCUGAACGCCGUGAAGACGAUGUCUUACUAUUCUCGAUACGUGGACAGUGAUCUCGCCAGAGCGGUUGAAUACUUCUUCCACAACGAUACCUUCGGCUACGACGCCAACCGGCUGACGUUCGUGGUGGAUAUUGCCGUGUCGCCGACCAUCGGCCGCCAAAUCCCCUUCCCCACCACAGUCCAACUCAACCGCGAAACGUUCACAUAUGCCUACACAUAUCCCAACGCCACAGUGUACCCCUAUUUGAAUCAGUUCCUCGGCGAAGAGGCAUAUGAGCACCUCAACGUCGGCUACCAGUUCGGCGCCGUCGACGGCAUGUUCAAGCGAUAUGUCGUGGAAGCAUGGCAAGCCUGGCAAGCCAACUAUGGA